GUCAUGUAUUUUCUGCGCUUAAAAUAAAAUGGUAGAUACUUGUGAAGAGAAAAAUAGAAACAAAAACGUCGUAUCAACGGUACAUCAAAUUAAGAAAGUAUUAGAAUAAAAGAAAAGAAAGGGAACACUACAUGGAAAUGUAAACUACAUGGAAAUAAUUUCAUCUCCUUGAUCUUCUCUUGUGCAUGCGAUUGUAUGAACAAAUCUUACGCGAAGUAAUUCAACCUCCAAUUGCCGAAGAACGUCUUGCAUCAGCCGACUUUUUCCUGGCAGUCUCACUGGCGUUCAAACCUUCUUGCGUGAAGUGUUCGUGACUUGUAGGCGUUGAUUGACUGAUGCGAAGGAAAAAGGAAGGAAAGGAUACGCAGAACGAUAACGGUUUCUAUCACGAGCCAAAUAUAAAUCACCACGAUACUAGCGACGGUGUAUAGUCGAAUAAACUCACCAAAAUCGAACUACUUACUCGUUGACCGUUGCCGAGGAAGGAUAUACCGGAGUUAAGAUGGCAAAACAAGUACAAGUUAAAUAUACACAACUUUUUAUCAACAAUGAAUUUGUGGAUUCUGUGAGCGGCCGUAAAUUUUCUACAAUAAACCCUGCCAAUGGCGAAGUCAUCGCCGAAAUUUCAGAAGGAGAUAAGGCUGACGUAGACAAGGCGGUAGAAGCCGCCAAACGGGCAUUUGACAGAAAGUCAGAAUGGCGUAAGAUGAGUCCAUAUGCUCGUGGACAACUUAUUCACAAGUUCGCAGAUCUUAUCGAACGUGACUUGGAUUAUAUCGCGACUCUCGAGACUCUCGAUAAUGGAAAGACCUAUAAGAAUGCCGUCGAUGAUAUAUAUGCAAGUGUCGCCUUUUUACGUUAUUAUGCAGGAUGGUGUGAUAAAAUAGUCGGAACUACUAUACCGUCAGAUGCCGACAACUUUACAAUGACUCGAAAAGAACCGAUCGGUGUUGUUGGACAAAUUAUCCCUUGGAAUUAUCCCUUCAUGAUGCUUUCUUGGAAAUGGGGCCCUGCAUUAGCUACUGGAUGUACUAUUAUCUUAAAACCGGCAGAACAAACACCAUUGACUGCACUUUAUGCGGCUGCUCUUGCUAAGGAGGCAGGAAUACCGGCAGGUGUUGUAAAUGUCAUCCCAGGUUACGGUCCAACUGCUGGUGCAGCUAUUUCCGAACACCCGGAUAUCCGCAAAGUCGCUUUUACCGGAUCCACCGAGGUCGGACAGAUCGUAAUGGCAGCCGCUGCUAAAAGUAAUCUUAAGCGUGUCAGCCUCGAAUUAGGUGGCAAGAGUCCGCUCAUCAUUUUUGACGAUGUUGAUGUGGAAGAAGCUGCGAAAAUCGCGCACGAAGCGUUGUUUAGCAACCACGGGCAAAAUUGUUGCGCAGGGUCGCGUACAUUCGUGCAUUCAAAGAUAUACGACGAGUUUGUGAAACAUGCCAAGCAAUUGGCACUCGAUAGAAAAGUAGGAGACCCAUUCGAUUCUAAAAUAGAACAAGGCCCACAGGUCGAUCAAGAUAUGUUUGACAAAGUAAUGGGCUUAAUCACUUCCGGCAAACAACAGGGCGCUGUUGUGGAAACUGGCGGAGAACGCAAGGGUACUGUUGGCUUUUUCGUAAAACCUACGGUCUUCUCGAACGUAACUGAUGACAUGAGAAUUGCUAAAGAAGAAAUUUUUGGACCGGUCCAAUCGAUUUUAAAGUUUGACACUAUGGAUGAAGUAAUCGAUCGUGCGAAUCGCACUAAUUACGGACUUGCUUCUGGUAUAAUCACUAAGGAUAUUAAUAAAGCUUUGACAUUCGCUCAAGCUGUGGAAGCAGGUAGUGUUUGGGUGAAUUGUUACGAUGUUAUUUCACCUCAAUCACCAUUUGGUGGAUUUAAACAAUCUGGCAUGGGACGGGAAUUGGGUGAAGAAGGUUUAAAGGAAUAUCUCGAGAUUAAAACAAUUAACAUUAAGAUUGCAAAUUGAUUUUCGUUUGAUAAACGGAAAUUAAUAUUCGAAUAUAUAUGAUGCCUCCAAAUGGCAUGUUACCCACAAUUCUCACAUUUUUAUUACUUACUAAUAACU